AUUAAAAGGGUUUUGUAUUUUUCAGAUUCAUUUUUUGUUCUCGUGGUCUUCGAACAACAUAUUGGUAAUUAAUGAUGUUUCUUCAAAAACGUCUUGAUGAGUCAAUUUUUAUUUUCAAUUGCCUAUUGUAAGUAGGUAAGAUCGCGUCGAACAUGUUUCAAUAACUGAUCUCAGAAUUCAGAACAGUUCAAUUUGAAGAAUUCGUCAAGUUCAUUUACUUACCCUUUUCCUAGACGUAAAUUAACAACAUUUUCAUUAUUUAUUAAAUUGACCUAUUUCUAUGAACACGCACAUAUCGAAGUAAUCACGAUUUCUACCCACAUGUUGCCACAUGUAAUGGCAAGUUCUUCAGUAAUUUUCAAGCAUUGUGCGAUUAUUACCCGAGUAUGAUUACUUACAGUAAAUUAAACACUCAAUAAUUCAUUUUUGUCGUUAAAAAUCUCGGUACUCCAUAAAUGCUGUGAAUAAUAAAGAAAUGUUGGUUAGAAAUGCCGAGCAGUAUGGCAGAAGUUGGUUAAAAAUACCGAGCAGUAUUACAGAAACAUGAAUUAUUGGCAGUAUGUCGCACUGUUAUGGAAUUUUCUCAUCUGCAAAACUUUUCAAAAUAAUGCUAACUCACCGCUUAUCAACGAUUCAAUCGUCAUCGUAGCUGAUCCAUCUUUCAUCUCAUCACAAGAAGUGCAAUUGAGAGAUGUCAUCGAAACACAUAAAAAGUCGUUGAAAGAAACUCACAUUGAACAUGGCAUGCUCUCUGUGGAACUAUUCACUAAUAUGGACAUCAAACUAACAAAAGAAUUAACUGCAAUAUUAGCAAUUGGUAACUGUCACGAUAUUUGGAAUCUGCACAAUAAUGCUGAAGAUAAAGAUAUAAUGUACUUAGCCAUAACAGACAAUCAAUGUAAACGGUUACCUGUCAAUGAAGCGAUUACAAUUCCACUAGCGAGUGACGGUUCCGAGUUACCGCAAUUGAUAAUUGAUUUACAACAAUCAAAAGCUGUAAACUGGAAAACUGCAACACUUAUACACGAUGAUUCUAUAAGUGAUGAACAAAUAAAUGACAUUGCAGCAGCACUUUCCGGUAAACAGUCAUUGCAAGAUCACGUCAGUGUUAUGAUAUUCAAAUUGCUGCCAGCAGAAACUGAUUGGGAGAGGAGAAAAAUAGUCUACGAUAUGUUUUAUAAAUUUCCCCACACAAAUAAAAAUCAUAAUUUCAUGGUGAUCGUACGAUUCGACGCAGUAUCAUUGAUAAUUGAAACGGCUCAACGUUUUGGAUUAACUUCACCGAUCGAUCAAUGGUUAAUUAUUAUACCAGACAUGAAUACCGGGCCAUUUAAUUUAGACACAUUUUCUGGUUUAAUAUCGGAAGGAGAAAAUUUUAGUUUCAUUGUUAACAAAUCGAUAUCUGGGAAAACAUGCAUUUACGGUAUGUUAUGUCACAUACAAGAAUUACUCAAAAUUUUAAUGUUGGGACUGGAAGCAAAUAUUUUUGAAGAACUUGGACUUUCUAAAGAAAUAUCCGAAGAAGAAUGGGAAUCCAUAAAACCUACCAAAAGGGAUAGGAGAGAAUCCAUAAUAUCAUACAUAAAAGCAAAAUUAAGCGAAACGGGUGUCUGCGGUAACUGUACUUCUUGGGUUGUGAUAACUGCUGACACUUGGGGAAUAGAAUUUCGUGAAACUCCGGCAAUUGCUGAGUUAUCAGCGUCAGGGAUGUGGCAAAUACAAACUGGUUUCAAGUUGAAUGAUUUUGUAUUCCCUCACAUCGAACAUGGAUUUAAAAAAAGAACUCUUUCGAUAGUCACUUUUCACUACCCUCCUUGGCAAAUUCUAAGAAUGAAUGAAUCAGGUCACGUUGAAGAAUAUAGAGGACUUGUUUUUGAAAUCAUAAAUGAGUUAUCGUUCAGUUUGAACUUCACAUGUAAUAUUAUAAUCACGUCAAAUAACACCGAAGGGUUUUCAAAUAGUUCCAAAAUUACGGAAAAAAUUGAGAUGUUACAAGGAGAGGAUGAUAGUUCCCUACUAGAACAAACAUGGAAUAAAAUGUCCGACUUGGUACAACAAAAAAAAGUUUUCUUAGGAGGCGCAGCUUUCCCCAUAGAUCCCAAAUUUAAAUUCUCUAUUAACUAUACGACACCAAUUGCUAUAGAAUCUUACAACAUAUUGACGGCGAAAGCUCAACCAGUAUCCAGGGCGCUUCUUUUCACAGCACCUUUCACAUUGGGAAUAUGGGUUUCAAUUGCUGUAUCCGUGUUACUAGUAACACCUAUAUUGAAUUAUUUUCAUAGAUAUACUCCGUACUACGAAUAUUACAACAUUAAACACGCAGGUGGCUUGAGCCACCCAAUUAAUUGCUUUUGGUACAUUUAUGGAGCAUUACUACAACAAGGGGGAACGUAUUUACCAGAAGCAGAUAGCGGCCGUCUAGUUGUGGCUACAUGGUGGUUAUUUGUUUUAGUUAUAGUGACCACCUACAGUGGAAACUUGGUUGCAUUUUUGACAUUUCCACAAAUGGCAACCAUGGUCACUAAUAUCAAUGAACUACUGAAAGCUGGCGAAGAUGGUAUUACAUGGGGAAUACCAAACCGUUCUAGUUUACAAAAAUUACUUUUGGAUUUACAAGAUGAACCAAAACUUAAGCAAUUAUACGAUAAAGCUGAAUUACACACCGGAGUAUCAGCUGGACUCAUGGAUAGAGUACGCAGCGGAAAACACGUGUACAUACAUCGAAAAACGAAUCUUUUAUUUCUAUUAAAACGUGAAUUUCAACGUACCAACAGUUGUGAUUUUGCUCUAGGCAAAAAUGAAUUUCUUGAAGAAAGAUUAGCUAUGAUUACUGCCCUUCAUAAUCCUUACUUGAAAUUGAUCAAUCGAGAAAUUGAAAGAAUGCAACACGUAGGAUUGAUAGAGAAAUGGAUGUUGGAAUACUUGCCAAAACGAGAUAAAUGUUGGAAGAAUAAACAAACAGACGUAACAAACCACACAGUCAAUCUAGAUGACAUACAAGGCUCAUUUUUCGUUUUAUUUCUUGGAUUCUUAUCGGGAUUUAUAACUAUUAAUAUUGAAGUAUUAUGGAAGAAGUAUAAAAAAGUGAAAAAAGAAAAUGUAAUCCAACCGUUCAUAAUGUAAUUUUAAAAAAUGAACAUGCUUCAAUUAGUAUUAACAAAUUGGAAAUUUUAUUGAAAAUUGAUCAACGAUAAGAAAAAAUAAAAACUUAUAACUCA